UAACGAGUAACUAACAUAAAACAUAGAUAUUUCUCAAAAACAAAAACAUAGAUACAAGUGACUGUUAUACACAACAAAAAAAAAAGGAAAAGAAAACAUCAGAAGAUCAAUUCUUCCCAUGGCUCCCCUUAAACGCACUUGCUCGGAUAUAUCACACCAAAUAUCCAUAGACAACACUCUAACCAAAGAACCAACGCCAACUGCAACCACUACAACUUUGUUGUCCUUAUCGGCGAUAUCCGAAGUGGAAGAUGCAAAGUGUGAGUGUUGCGGCAUGUCUGAAGAGUGCACGCCGGAGUAUAUAAACGGUGUGCGUUCAAAAUUCUCAGGGAAGCUGAUUUGCGGGUUGUGCGCAGAAGCGGUGGAGCAAGAGAUGGAGAAGAUGAACAACAGUGAAUUAGUGGUGGAGAAACGGCGAGAGGAGGCAGUACAUGCACACAUGAGCGCAUGUGCCCGGUUUAACAGGCUAGGCCGGAGUUACCCGGCGUUGUACCAAGCAGAAGCGGUUAAGGAAAUUCUGAAGAAGAGAUCUAACAAGAUGGUCAGAGCUACCAAGUCUGAAAAAGGUGGUCUCACUAGGAGCUCUAGCUGCAUGCCUGCUUUGGCUAAGGAGCUAAAAGAUCGUACAUUUGUUAAUAACUAGUAUAUAAAUGUGUACUAAUUACGUUUUCUUUUAUGUUUGUUUCUUUGCAAAACCGUUUACUUAUAUAUUAAUAUGUUCACUAGGUAGUAACCCGCGCCUUGCGCGGGAUUAGAUUAUUAAUUUUGUUAUUUUUUUAGAUAAGUAGACAUUAGAUUUGCCAGUCUGGAUAUCGGUUCGGUUGAGUUAGGUUGAGUUUUUUCGAUUUAAGAAAACAUUAGGUCUGUUCAAUCUGGAUCUUGGUUCAGUUUCAGGUUAAAUUUUUUGGUUUUUAAUCUCCUAAAAUACAACUAUCAUUCUUUUUUUUUUUGAUCAA